UCUAGCCACCUCUAUCUUAAAUCUUCAAUCUUCAAUCUCCAUUAUAAAUUCACUACUCCAAUUUUCUCUCAUCAAAUAUUCUCAAAACAUACCAAACUCUCACAAUCACUACAUAUUAUUUUCCUCAGCCAACAAGUAGAAAAAAAUAAGUAUAACAAAACAAACCUUGAUCACAUAUACCUGCUGAGAUUAAUUGAAGAUAUGGAGAUUCAAGAGAAUCAAAGUCAUCAUAGUAAUCACGAUUCGUAUUCGGAGACGGGAAGCAUCAGCGGCGGGAGUGCUGGAGUCGGCUACAGCGGUCCACUGAGUGUGAGUGGUCCGUUAGUCGGCGGCGCCGGCGGGAGCAAGAUGAGGAAGAGCAGUAGCAAGAAGAGCACUAGGUUCAAGGAUCAAGACGAGUACGUGGAGAUCACGCUCGAUGUCCGAGAUGACUCGGUCAUGGUUCAGAACAUCAGGGGAGGUGACUCGGAGACUGCUUUCUUGGCGACUCAGCUCGAGAAGAAGCCUAACUCGUCGUCGCUGGGAUCUCAAUUGUCGUUCAAGUUCCGGCAAGUGUCGCAGGAGCUUAAGCGAAUGACUUCGUCCAAGAGUUUUAAGCAGCAGAAGAUCGAUCGGAACAAAUCCGGCGCCGCCCGCGCCCUCAAGGGGCUCAAAUUCAUGACCAAGAACGAUGUCGGGAACGAAGGCUGGGCUCAAAUCGAAACGCGUUUCGAUAAAUUUUCCGUCGAUGGAGUACUUUCCAAAUCGCGCUUUGGCCAAUGCAUAGGAAUGAACGAGUCGAGUGAUUUCGCGAACGAGUUGUUUGACGCAUUGGCUCGACGGAGAGGUAUAACAUCUUCUUCAGUGAACAAAGCUGAGUUACGCGAGUUCUGGGAACAAAUCACAGAUCAAAGCUUCGAUGCUAGGCUUCAAACUUUCUUUGACAUGGUGGACAAAAACGCGGACGGCCGAAUCAAUGAAGAGGAAGUAAAAGAGAUUAUUACGUUAAGUGCUGGUGCAAACAAGUUGUCUAAGAUUCAAGAACGUGCUGAAGAAUAUGCAGCACUUAUUAUGGAAGAGCUGGACCCAGACAACCUCGGCUAUAUUGAGAUAUACAACUUGGAAAUGCUACUUCUUCAAGCCCCAGCUCAAUCCAGUAACCUUAAAACGGCCACUGAGAGCCGAGUUCUUAGCCAGAUGCUGAGCCAGAAGUUGGUCCCUACUAAAGAGUCUAACCCAAUAAAGCAGCAAUACAAACGGCUCGCAUAUUUUAUAGAGGACAACUGGAAACGUAUUUGGGUCAUGGGCCUGUGGCUCGCCAUCUGUGCGGGCCUUUUCACUUGGAAGUUCAUUCAGUACAAGGAUCGGGCCGUGUUUGAAGUCAUGGGCUAUUGUGUUACCACGGCUAAAGGUGCUGCGGAGACUCUCAAGUUCAACAUGGCUCUAAUUCUCUUACCCGUCUGCAGAAAUACCAUUACUUUUCUCAGGAGCAGGACAAAGUUGGGAGCUGUGGUGCCCUUUGAUGACAAUAUUAAUUUUCACAAGGUGAUCGCUGCUGGGAUUGCAAUUGGGGUUGGUCUACAUGCAGGCGCCCAUUUAACGUGUGAUUUUCCUAGGCUGCUGCAUGCAACUGAUGAUGAAUACGAGCCAAUGGAGCAAUUCUUUGGGGAAGAACGACCCGAUGAUUAUUGGUGGUUCGUGAAGGGGACAGAGGGUUGGACCGGUGUGGUCAUGGUGGUCCUUAUGGCUAUAGCUUUCACCUUAGCACAACCUUGGUUCCGACGAAACAGGUUAAACCUCCCUACUGCUCUCAAGAGGCUUACUGGGUUCAACGCCUUUUGGUACUCCCACCACUUGUUUGUCAUUGUUUACGUCCUCUUUGUCGUUCACGGUUACUAUCUCUACCUUUCCAAGAAGUGGUACAAAAAGACUACAUGGAUGUAUCUGGCUGUUCCAAUCCUUUUAUAUGCUUGUGAACGGUUGAUUCGUGCAUUUAGAUCUGGUAACAAAUCAGUGAAAAUUUUAAAGGUUGCAGUGUAUCCUGGAAAUGUUCUAGCACUACAUAUGUCUAGACCGCAGGGAUUUAAAUACACUAGUGGGCAAUACAUAUACUUGAACUGCUCUGCUAUAUCCCCAUUUCAAUGGCAUCCUUUUUCAAUUACUUCGGCUCCUGGAGAUGAUUACUUGAGCGUCCAUAUUCGCACCGCUGGUGACUGGACAUCGCAGCUCAAAACCAUUUUCUCAAAGGUAUGCCAGCCUCCAUCUGUCAAUCAAAGUGGUCUUCUAAGAGCUGACAUUGGUCAAUCCAAUGACAUUCCCAGGAUGCCCAGGCUCCUAAUCGAUGGCCCAUAUGGUGCACCAGCACAGGACUAUAAACAGUACGAAGUUAUCCUUCUCGUAGGCCUUGGAAUUGGCGCCACUCCUUUGAUCAGCAUUCUAAAAGAUGUUCUUAACAACAUGAAGCAAUACAAAGAGAUCGAAGAUGGAGUAGAGAGCGGACUUAAGAGCAAUAACAAGAGAAAGCCUUUCGCCACGAAACGUGCCUAUUUCUACUGGGUCACAAGGGAACAAGGCUCGUUCGAGUGGUUCAAGGGUGUGAUGAAUGAGGUGGCUGAGAACGACCGUGAUGGUGUUUUUGAGCUCCACAACUACUUGACUAGUGUUUAUGAAGAAGGAGAUGCUCGCUCUGCUUUGAUCACUAUGCUUCAGUCUCUUAAUCAUGCUAAGAAUGGGGUUGAUAUUGUGUCUGGGACAAAUGUAAAAACCCAUUUUGCAAGACCAAAUUGGCGUAAUGUUUUCAAGCACGUAGCAGUUAAGCACGUCGACCAACGAGUUGGAGUGUUUUAUUGUGGUGCACAUGGAUUAGUUAAUGAGCUAAAGAGCCUAUCUCUAGACUUCUCUCGAAAAACAAGCACCAAAUUUGAUUUCCACAAGGAGAACUUCUAAGUUAACUCAAGCUUCUUCUAUUCUAUAAUUAAAUUCAAAUGUAAUAUAUUAUUAUAUAUAUACACACCAUAUGAUCAUAUAAAUUUAGGUCCCAUAAGUUUUUGGCCUUAUUUGUUUUAAAGUAUAGAUUCAACAUGUACGUAAUAUUCUUAGAUUUAUUGUUUUCUUUUAUUGUUAUUAAACGCAGAUAUAUUAUAGAGUAUAAAUUGUAGAAAUAAUGCAUUGAUUA